GCCGAAAGGUCACUUGUAUCCGGUGGGUUAUCCGAAUCGGUGUCGUUUCAACAGUGUGCGAACGGCGGAAUCGCAGUGAUGGCCGUUCCGGCACGCGUGCGAGGCAUGUGCCGUCAUGUGGGAGCUGUCGUGAAGACGAACUUAAAGAAACUCGUCAAGGCACGUAUGCGAGGAGAAACGUUCCGCAAAUGGAUCGGUCGAAACAUUGACAACUCGGUGCUUGCAUCCAGCAUCGACAUCUUUCAAGUGAUGCUUGGGUUGCUGGUCACGGUUGUGUACUUUACACAGAACUGGCAGGAGUUCAGUCCCAACUUGGAAUCGUCCGAGCUCCUCAUGUUGCAGUGGGUGAUCGGUGUAUUCUUCUCGCUAGAUUACGUGAUGCGCAUGUACGCGGCAGACAGCCGGCGAAUGUUCUUUUUGAGCCCACUUGCGCUUGUGGAUUUUGUCACGAUUUUGCCGCAAUGGCUGGAGGUGCUAUUCGAGGCAAACGAAGAGUUCAGGUCGAAGGCCAGUGCCAUGAAGACCCUCCGUGCGUUGCGAUUCCUUCGAGCAUAUCGGUUGCUCGUAUUUUCCAAGUCCGCGAAAGGGCGACAAGGCGGGGUGCUCUUUUUGACCGUUAUGUCGAUCAUCAUUUGUUCGGCCGGGGUCAUCCAGGCAGUCGAGUCGUGUUCUCCUGGGGACAUUGAGGGCAAAACCUGCCAGACUCUCGAGAUCUAUAACGCGUGUUAUUUUGUCGUGAUCACCAUUGCUACGCUCGGCUAUGGUGACAUUGCACCCAAGUCGCGCAAUGGCAAAGUCUGCGUGAUUUUCCUCAUCUUUUCGACGGGCAUUCUCCUUCCGUUGCAAAUUAGUCGCUACAGCGACAUCCUCAGCCGCGAGACUGAAUACGACAAGUCGUUCACGGCCAAGAAGGAGAAGAAUCCGCACAUCCUCAUCUGCGGCGAAGUCAAUUCCAGUCCUUUGGAUUUUUUUCUGCGCCAGUUUCUACAUCCCAACAACAUGAACUGGAAAGACAAAGUUGUGAUUCUCUGCCCUGGUCUACCCUCCCACAACCUCAAGCGUAUUCUCCUCAACAGUGCGUAUGAACAGCGAGUUGUGUACCUACAAGGCAGCGCCAUGUUGGAUUCGGACCUUAAGCGCGCUGGAGCCGCCAACGCCCGCCUCUGCUUUGUGAUGCUCAAUAAACUGUCCGCGGAUGGAGAUCGAAGCGAUACAGCGUCGAAUUUACUCACUAUAUCCCUUCGCCACCACACCAAGCGCGUGCCUCUAUUUGUGCAAGUACUGAAGACAGACAACAUCCGACACGUCCAUCUAUCUGGAGCAAGCAAUAUUGUGUGCGUCGACCAGCUCAAAAUGGGGAUGCUGGCAAAGUCGUGCGUGAUUCCGGGACUGUGCGCGCUCGUGUGCAACAUUCUCUUUACAUUUCGACCAUUCUACAAAAAAUCGACUUUAUGGACUUCCGAGUUUUUGCACGGAUGUGCCCACGACAUUUACGAAGCUCGCAUCCCCUCCUUCCUCCAUGACCUCAUCAACGUCUCAACGCUGACGUUCAUCAUGUAUUGUGAAUACGACAUCCUUCUCCUUGGCGUGACUGACAAUUUGGACGAAUUUCGAUUGUUUCCGUCGAAACUGCGGCUGAAAAAGUCCCACACGAUUAUCAUCUUGUCCAAAACUCCCGAUUGUUCAAGGUGGCUUGAAGGCUUGACGCUGACAACAUUGCUAAAGUACCAGCACAUGAUUCCAGACUUCGUCGCCAUCGCGGACGCUUGGCUAGGUGGCUCUCUUAGUGCCCGCCUGCGAACAACGGGCGAGAAUAUGCGAAAGUCGAUGAGUUUAUCCCGAAGUCAUACGAUGCGAACGUUGAAAUCAGCCUUGACAAUCAAAGGGGAAAGUGGCAACCAACGCACUGACCGCAGUGUCAAUUCCCAAGUCCAUCCGUGCAAUCCACCUGACGGUGAUGGCGGAAAUGUCGACGACGAUGACGAUGAUGAUGAUGACGAAAUCGUUGCGGCGUACAACCCCAGCCUCUCGGGGGACCAUCAAGAUUUGGCAAUUGUUGUAUCCGUGCCGGCGACAGAUCCACCAAUCGGAAUCCCAGUAUCAUCUACCCCACAAUCCGACACCAACCAUGCCACGGAAUCUCACAUGAGCGGUGUCACUACCCACGCCAUGCCAAAACAGCUUGCCCCAUUGCAAAUUCAACGACCUCACAUCAACCUCGAUCCUAUAUCGCCCAGUGCAGGAAUCCGGUCACCAGAAGGUAGUAUUUUGCCACAAUCAACUCCCUGUGCGCCGCCCUGCGCAACUGAUGCAUCAGCCCCAAAAAACGCCCGCAAAUCGACGAUGACGUACUUGGCGUUUGCAAAUUUGCACGUGCCACCAGACCUUUCCAACCACAUAAUAUUGUGCGGGAUGCCCAAUAUGCUGCAUGAUUUCGUCGCACCAUUGCGACCGAAUUUUCAUCGGACCAAUCACUCCACGAACAGCGUCACUGAAGUCGACGAACUUGGCAAGGAGACUGUCCCUGUUGUGCCAAUCGUCGUCAUAUCACAGGUCCCCAUGACAGAAAAACAAUACGCCAGCAUCUCAAUGUUUCAUCAAGUUUACUACGUCAAUGGCUCUCCUCUGCACGAAUCGGUGCUGCGGGAGGCGUGUGUCUUCAAUUCCAAGAGCAUUGUGAUCAUCAGCGCUUGCAUCCAAGGUGAUAACGAAAUCGACCAAAGAAGCCUUCCCUCCGACUUUAUCGAUCAAAAUUUGAUCGAUACGGACGCCAUUACGCUGCAUCGAUUCAUUACAGAAGCUUGUGAAAGCAACUGUCCAAUGGAUGCCCCGCUCCCAACCGUCAUAAUCGAACUAAGUCGACCGAGUAGUCUCAGAUUUCUCAAGGACGAUCACAAUAAAUCCGCCCAAGACGCUGAGAUGGCUGUACACGUCAAAGCCAUGACCAAACAGGUGUUAUCAAGAGCAGAUGAUCCAUUAGAUAACAUUUGCCACCCGCUUUACGCCGCUGGCAAAGUGUGCGUCGCCAAUUUCUUGGACGCAUUGUUGGGAAGCUGCAAUUCAUACGGGACGAUGGUCGAUUUAUUUCAUUUGCUGAUUUUGGGGGAGCCAGCGUUUGAAUCGACGUCGAACACAAGAGUGAUCGAUCAGAUUCCAGUGCCAAGGGAAUCAUGGGGAACCGCGUACGGUCAAUUGGUUCAGAACAUGUUAAUGCACCAGGACGCGUUGGUGAUAGGAUUGUAUCGAUCACGAGGUGGAGGGUUGUACUUUGUGUUUUUGAACCCUUCGGAGGACGUGGUGGUGACCCCUCAAGACAAGUUGUUUAUCAUACGUUAACAACACAAAAAUCGGUUUUGCCCAACACGACAACGAAGUCCCCCUUCGGGUGCCACCGCAGCCCCAGAAUUUUGACUAGGACAUUGAGAAUGAAAACAUACCUUGCGCA